AUGGUCCUCUCCGAUUCUGAACCAGAUUUCGACGAUGUGGAAGCGAUUGGUAUGCCAUCUUCUCAGGAGCUUGCUGGGAAGGCUGUAGCAUCUAAGCGAAGUCGUGACCGAACCGCGAACUCUACAACCCGAGUAACGAAGCCGUUCCAAAGAACGAAAAGCGCUAAGAGCGGCACGGGUCAUUUAAAACUACCCGCGAUGGCGAGGCAAAUAUUAAUGGAGAAGAGCAAAAACAAUACUAUUGAACAAGCUGGAGCCCACGGAAAACAUAUGGACGAACCAGACAAGAUCGCCUUAGGAAAAUCAUAUCCAAAUCUUUCUUCAUCUCAUGAGCAGGGGCGACUAGCCGGCUUAUCACGAAACACAGGAUCUUCGGGCAAAUUAUACACUCAAAAUAUUGAAAAGGAGCACGAACCAACAUUCGAGAACGGUCACGAGGAGCCGAAAAGCGUUGAGCAGCUAGGACAGCAAGAGACAGAACCCGUCAUUGACGCAGAGGAGCAAUUCCCAACGGAAUAUACCAAUAAUAUGGACGAGGUUUCAACUCAGGGGCGAUUAGGAGAAUUGAUGAAGAAGUACGACUCGCUAAAAACACGACACAACGAGCUGCGCGAAGUGGGAAUGAUAGCCGCAGAACGCAAUUUUGAAAGGCUGAAACAGCAGUCAGAACAAAAUACGGCAGCCUCAAACAAACUUAUUCAAUCGCUCAAAGAUGAAUUAAAUGUACAAUCGGCACUGGCGAAGCAAGGCGAGCAGGCACGCCAGCAAUUAGAGCGUAGUGAAACUAACGUUUGCGACUUGGAAAGCAAAAUAUGUGGCCUGGAGGCAUCAUUAUCGAGUGCCCGGUCUGAGAUAAAAUCGCUCUCCGCUAAACUCUCGGCGAGCAGAGCCGCGGAAGCUUGUGUAAAAAAUCCGGGAAGCGCAUUAAAGCCUGGGGUAAUAGGCCACAAAUCAGCCCCAUCGGAAGUUGUUCGGGCCGCGCAAGCAAGGGAAGACCUGUACGGCGACUUAACAGGUCUUAUUGUCCGGGGGAUGAAACGAGGUGACGGUGGAAGUGUUUUCGACUGCAUUCAAACUGGGAGGAACGGGACUCUACACUUCAAGCUUUCACUGGAUGCCGGAGAUGCUUCCGAUAGUUACGACGACGUCCAAUUUACAUAUCGCCCUCAGCUUGAUACAGACCGCGAUGGUGAUUUGAUUCGGAUGCUACCGGACUACUUGGUCGAAGAAAUUACCUUCCCACGGACUCAAGCAUGCAAAUUUUACAGCAGAGUGAUUAAGUCACUUACUGAGCGACUGGAUUAA